CCGAUUGCCAUGGGAAAAAAAAGUUUGACAUUGUCCAUUGUAAAUGUGUAGUUCAAUUCGAGUAAAGUUAAUUUUGCAUUGUUAAUUAGAUUCCUCUUAGAUUCCUCUUAUCCAUAUGCAUAAAAGUAAUAAAUAGAAGCUAAUGUUCUGUAUUUUGUUUGUUCAUAGACUAACAGAAAAGUAAUACGUAAUAUCAAUUGAAGAUAAUAAACUAAUAUUGUGUUGGGGUUCAUAUUUCUUAUUGUCAUCUUAACGUUUUCUAUUAUUUAAUAUAGAAGAAGAUGAGAAGAAUACUGUCAAAGUCUUACCGUUCCCCUUUUCAUUUCUAGGAGUCUCUCUCGACUCUAGCAAUUCCACUAUUUCUUUCUUGGAAUCAUUUUCAUUGUUGUAUGGGAAGAGUAUAUCUAUUUUGACAUUACAGAUCUGCUUCUCUCCUUUGGUCAUCUCUUGCUUCUCCUGUAGUCUAUGCUAUCACAGGCUUCCCACUUGUCUCUAUGUCACUACCAAUCACUUUGUUUCAAGACUGAGACAUGUAUGCAUACCCUUCUUUUUUCAUUUCAAUGCCUUGGAGUCAUCUAUGGUCAAUUAAGUUCAGCUCCUCUAUAUGUGUUUGGGACAGUUCAUCAAAAAGAGUUUGUAUCAGAUGAGACAACUUAUGGCCUCUUUUCCUUUAUUUUUUGGACUAUGACCAUCAUUUCUUUGCUGAAAUAUGCCCUUUUAGUACAGAGAGCUGAUGAUGAUGGAGAAGGUGGUACUUUUGCUUUGUACUCAAUCUUAUGCAGGCAUGCCAAAGUGGGUUUGCUCCCAAGUGACACAAGUGCAAAGGAAGUUAUGCAGUAUGAAGAAGAAAGUCCUUUUAAGACCAAGGUGGAAUCCAGGGCAAGAAGAGCCAUUGCCAAACACAAAAGCAGCCAUUAUCUGAUGUUGUUCUUGGCUUUGUUCAGUGCCUGCAUAGCAAUUAGCGAUGGAGUUCUUACUCCUUCUCUUUUUGUGUUAUCAGCUUCAACAGGUUUCGGAAGAACAUUGGCUUCAAUCAAAUUUUCACAUUCAGAACAUAUACAGGAGAGAAUCUCAAAAGCUUUAAAAGAAUGGGAUUUUCAGAGUAUAUGAUUUCGGGAAAUGAAUUGGCCUAUGUAUAGCCACUGCCCUUUUACAAAAUUUAACAUCAAAGCAUUGUUGCAGCUUUGUUUUCAGCUUCUGGAAUGCAUCUUAGAAUGCUAUCUCAAUGAGGUUGCUUCC